UGAUGUGUAAAAACAUUUAUUUUUGUAUUCAAACACGUAUUUCUAUAAAAUCAGAAUUCUUAUACCGUUCUUGCCGCCAUUGGUAACACUGCUAUUUUUGCUAUUUGAAACUUGAAGCAGUGUGUUGUGUAGGAAAGGCAACGGACUAUUUUAAUCAAGCCGCUAAAUUUGUGUAUACACACAUUUUGAAUAAAAUGUCAGCUUUCAAGCAACAAUAUAAGGCGAAAAGGUUUGGUUUUGGAGACACGAAGAAGACUCGACUUCUCCGGAGUGAAAUAAACGUAGAAUCACGUAAAAAGCAAAGAGCUAAAAUUUUCAAUGAAAACAGAAAUAUUCCAGCUCUUACUGAUAGUCCAAAGAAUAAAGUGCAAUCAUCCUCUGUAAACACAGAUCGUCUCACUAGAUUAAGGAAAUGGAAACUGGAACGCGAUCGACGAAAAAAAGUGGAAACAGUUAAAAAAAGACCACCUUUUAUUGUUGGAGUUGUUCGUCAUAAAAUUUAUUCUCCAAUGAGUGAUAAUCAAAUCAUUAAAGCAAACAUAACUCGUAAAAAACAGUUUGGUCAAACUACACCAGUAACAUCUGUAACUCCACUAAAAAGGGUAACAAGAGCAACACAAAAAAGGUUAUUGACUAAAACACUUGCAAAAGAAACAACAAAGCGUUUAAAUAAAGAAAGAAAAUCUAUAACUAAAGGACAAAAAUUAAAAAAAAGACAGGAGCAAUCUUUUGCACCUAUAGAUUAUAAGUUUAAAGCUCCAGCAGGGUUGCCCCAUAUACCAUUAUUUGGUAGAGUAGUUUUAGAAAGUAUGUCGCCUGCCACAAUCAGUGGAUUCUUAGCAUCAUCUUCAAAGAUGUCAAGAACAGGUAGAAAAAGUAUUGGUAAUCAAUUAAAGAUAGAAAACAAUAGUGUACAUAAUACUACUGUUACAAAAACACCUUCUUCAGUGAAGAAGAAUUUGUCUAUAUCACAGUCAAAGGAUGCUCCAAAUGAAUCAGCCUCCUCUUCAUCACAUGUAAUUUCUACUAGUAGGAAAAGUAAUACUAGAAAGGGACAGCAGCUAAAACAUGAACUGAAUCUUAGUCAGGUACAAAACGAUGAUUUUUCCAAAAAGGAUAUUUCAGUUAAAGACAAAGAAUUGACUGCCCAGCAUUUCCAGCUUCUUUUAAAUAAAGAAAUAGAUAGAUUAAGUCAGCUAUGUAAAAAAUGGUCAGAUAUUAAAAAUGAUGCUACAACAACUGAAGAUGGGCAAUAUGAAAUUAAUCAAGCUAUUGGACAAACAAAUUUGUUAAUGAACAAAAAGUUUCAAAGAUUUAGCAAACUGAUUACUGAUUGUGAAUCAGGGAAGGGUGAAAUGUUGGUCACGUGUAAAGAUUUGCAAGGAUUUUGGGAUAUGAUGUAUAUGGAAAUAAAUAAUUGCGACACGAGAUUUGAAAAGUUAGAGAAACUUCGUUCGCGAAAUUGGGUGGAAGAACAGUCCCCUCUCCCUAAGAACAUGCCUCUCAAUAAAAAGAGAACUACAACAAGGAAAAAAACUGUGCCUACAAAACCAAGUUCAAUUAGAGCAUUUCUGGCUGAACGAAAAAAGUACAUUACGCGGCAAGAAAGGAAUAGCUACAACACAAGACAAUCUGUAAGCAAAAAUGAUUCGACUGUAAAAGCUAAAGCAAGAAGAUCUUCUAUGUUUCUGGAAUCUAAAUUACGUACACCUGUUAGUCAAAAAAAAACGAGAGCAAGUCUAUUACAAAAAGCACUUUCAUCUGCAAAAUCAAAAAGCAUCCGAAGUCCGUUAACUAUCAUGAAAGUAAGCAAAAUGUGUAAAACACCAGAUGUUCAAUUAGAUAAUACAAUAUCACACAGGUCUUAUAAAAAAUCAGAUAAAAGUAUAUUGAGACAAUUAAAAAAUUCAUUCGAUAUAAAACCUUCUGAAUCAUCAGCGAGCAAAAUUAAUUUUAAGCCAGAUGAAGUAAAAAUAAAUGCAGGAAAGAAAUUGAACUUUACUGAGAAUAAUUUUGAAGAGUGUAAAGAUGACAAAAAGCAAAAUUUUGUAGAUAAAAGGGUCAAAGUAUCACCCCUAAAAACGCAAGCUGGUAUUUCAUUAAAUCAUUCAGGUUCAAAUAAUAGUUUAAAAAGCCGGAAUAUUGUGGAUGAAAAUAACAAACAAUCUGAUAAAAAUAUGGUAUUGUAUGUCAGUUUGACACAGCUCGAGAAAAGUGUAGAGCAUACAGGCAUAAGUAGCCUAAAACAAAAAUGGCAGAAACGUAGUUCUGUAGAUGAGAAAGAAAGUGCAAGUAAAGAUACUGAAAACAUAAAAAUUUUAAGGAAUAGAAUUAUUACUUCGGCAGAUACACCAAAGCUUGACAGAUCUUCCAGGAAAUUAUCCAUUAAUGUUCAAGAAACAAAACGUAAAGAAAAUAAAAGUCCUAAGAAAACAAGAAGAUCUGCUAAAGUUGAAGAUACAGAAGAAAAGAAUUUAUGGGAAUCUGUAAAUAAAAUGUCUUUAAACGAAAGUACUGAUAAACGAAAAUCUCGUCGAAGCGUAAAAUUUUCUGAAAGGAAUUAUACUGGCGGUAUUUUAAGUAAACCGACACUUCCGAUGACUCCUUACAUUAGGCGAAGUAAAGGGAAAUCUCUUGACAAAAAGAAAAGUUUAACAACUGAGGAUCUUAUAUCCUGGGAGACUCCACAGCAACCGCCAAAACGUGUCAGAAAAUCACGAAGUAAAAAAAUAGAAUCACUAAUUUAAAUUUUUAAUUAUUGACUAUAAUGUGUGUAUGUAGUAGGUAAAAAAAAAUUGUAAAUACUAAUGAAUUUGUGUGCAUGUCUUUGUACUCUGAUUCAUUAGUAUAGAAAUAAGAAUAUGUAUUGUUUUCAUUCCAAAUGGUUUUGGAAGUGAAAAUACUCUCCUUUAUAAAAUGGUGAAUUUUUAUGUCACCGUGAAAAUUUACAAACCCGUACAAGACUUCGGUAAAAAAUCUAGUUCAGAGUUAAGAGGUGACUUCGAUAAUCUACAAUUCAACGAUGGAGAAUGACAAGUACGUAAAUUUAAUAAAACAAAGCUUAAGUUGAUAAUAA